AUGAGGUGCUGGGGGGGCACGGCUACCGCAGUGCGCCCCCCGCCGGUAGCUGGAGGGUGGGUUCGAAACCUUGAAGAGGAUGGGGACGUGGAGCCGCACCCGGGCCCUGCGUCAAAGAAGGGGCGGCCGUGGGCCACGACGUGGACGGUCAACGUGGGGCUGGGAGAGACAUCGUGGCAGGCGCUGGAGGCGGCGAGCCAGACAGAAAUAGAUGUUGUAUUCUUGCAGGAGGUGUGGCUCACGGACCAUGAUUGCGCCGCAUUCGAGGCCCGCGCGCGCAAGUUCGGCUACAGGAGCUACUUUUCGGGAGGCGCCGCGGCCCAAUCGACGGCGCCCCACCAGGCAGGCAGACCCACUGGUGGGGUUUGCACGUUGGUGUCCAAGGCGCUGCGCUCCCGGCAGCUGGACCACCUGGUGGGUGAGGACGCGCAAGCGGUGGCGGUGCGGGUCGAGGACCUGGUCACGGUCAACCUCUACCAGCCUCCCGGCAAGGCCAGGGACGAGGCUAUGUCGUUUGUGUUGGGGCUGCUGGAGACGCUGAGCCGUAAGCACACCUGGUGCAUUGCGGGCGACUUCAACGACGAACCCGGGGAGAAUCUGCUGUGGGAUCUGCUCCGGGAGGAAGGGGCGUGUCUCCGGACGGCGCUGGAUGACAGAGGAGGCUGCGUCCCGACGCGCUGGGAGGGGCGCAGGUGCAUCGACUAUUACAUAGCCUCGCACCCGACGUGCUGUGACCAGCCGGCGUUGGAGGACAUCUCGUUCAAGGACCACCUGGUCGUCGCUGCCCAGCUGCAGGUGGUCCGGGGCGACAGGGGCAUGCGUGAGCCGGAUUGCAUUCUGGGCAGGUCGGCCAAUUUGGGUUGCCCGGGACACGUGGAACCAGAGCGAUGGUGUCAGCUGCAGCGGGAGGUCUAUGCGACCAUGGCUCCGCCGAGUCUCCCAGCUAUGGAGGAGCCCCGGGACAUGGACGCCAUGCAGAAACAGGUGGACGACGUGUGGAAGCAGACGUCUCUCUACCUCGAGCAUUUCUUCAGGAGCACGAUGAGGAGGGCCAUGGAGGAGGCAGGAAACGAAGCGGAAAGCAUCCGAGGAUGGAGCAUCAGGAAGAACACGCAGACGUUUCGGUACCAGGAGCACAGGCUCGGGGAAUGUGACGACCCGCACACGUCGGCGUGCAUCCAGCAGCUUGACAACCUGCGCGGGCGGAUGCGGCACAUGCAGUGGCUGCGGAGGAAAGGCCGCGAGGAGAGCGCCGAGGGUCGAAUGCUCGAAAAGAGAAUCCGCGAAGGGCUGACGAAGCAUCGGCUGGUGACGUUGAAGGAGGUCGAGGCGAAGUUGGCGGAGCUUCGGAAGCAGCGGAGGCAGGGCCGCAUCGACAGGUGGCGCAACCGUCUGCGAGGGUCGCUCCGGGCAUGCUGCGCCUGGGUGGAAGGCGGCCGCACGAUUCCACCGACGGGCGUGCACGCAGAGGGGAAGGAGGAGGAGGCCAAGGGCGAGGAGCAGGAAGGGAGGGCGAGGAGCGAGGAGGACGAGGUCAGGGAAGACAGCGCCACGGAGCAGAAAGCGCUUGCACUGCUGGCGCGGCACUGGAGGAAAGUCUGGGGGCGCGAGCUUGCGCCGCAGGAGGAAUGGCAGCAACGGGUCGAGGACACGCUGCCGCCUGCGUCGGAGGAGAUCUGGCGACCCGUGUGUCCCAUGGAGCUGCGGGGCGCCAUGGGCAGGCCACGGGGAUCCGCUCCUGGAGCUGACGGCUGGCACGGAGAUGAGCUCGCUUCGCUCUACUGCCCUGCGGUGGUCCACCACCUUGCUGAUGUCUUCAAUUUUAUGCUGGACCAGGGCUGCGUGCCCACAGAGUGGCGCAAGGCACGGCAAGUAAUGCUCCCAAAGGAGGGCAAAGGGAGGAGAAAGAAGGAUGGGAGCAUAGCUGUGCAGGCGCUGCGACCCAUCACCAUCUUGAGCUGCUGGCGGCGCCUGCUCGGCAGCGUGCCGCUGCGGCCCCCCGGCGCCCAAGCGUGGCAGAGGAAAUGGUGGAGGGAGGAGGCAGUUGGAGGACGCAAGGCUGGAGAGGUGUACAUGCCGCUCAUGCGCCUCAUCGACUCGUACCACCAGGGUGACUUCAUCGCGUCCUAUGACUACACGUUGGCUUUCGACCAGACCGACCCCAAACUGGCAGUCGCGGUGUUGAGGAAGCUCGGGUGCCCGCGCGCGGUCGCCGCUAUCCUGGAACAGGUGUGGACCGGACAGCUCCGGUACUUGCAAUGCCAAGGAGUCACAUUCAGGCAGCCGGAGGAGGUGGGCACCUCGCUGCCCCAGGGUGACCCGUGGUCCAUGAUAGCUAUGGUGGCGGUCCUACACCUGCCGAUCACCGCCAUCGUGGCGCGCUUCCCUGGGACGGAGCUCUCCUGCUUCGUGGGCGACAGGUCGUGGAAGUCCAGCACUGCGCAGGAGCUGCUGGCAGUUGGUGAGGAGUGGAGGAAGUGGUCGCUCGUCUUGGGCCUCAAGGAGAACGAGGCGAAGUCCCAGCACGCCCACCGGACGGCCGCGGGCAGGAAGCAGCUGCUCAAAGCAGGCGCGCCGGACACCACGGUGACGGACGCCCCAGAGAUCCUCGGGGUGGGCUUCUGCAAGGGAAGGAUGAAGGAGGCGACGAUGGCAAGCAAGGCGCUGGCAGUCCCCGAGUACGGCUGGAUCGACAGGCAGAUGAACAAGAGGGACGAGACGCAGCUACAGGCGGCGAUCGCGAGGGUGAGGCAGGAGCCCAAAGCAGGAAGCCCCCACCUCCGGGCCAUCUUUCGCGGCCACCGGCUCAGUGUCAGGUGCCGCCUGAUGACGACUGCCUUCAUGGCAGCGUGGCGCACCCUCUGCAAGGGCCAGCGGCGGGCCACGCUGGGAACCUGGAGGAGGCAGGAGGGAUGCUCUGGCCGGAUCCACGCUCUCCUGCAGGGCUGCGGCUGGCAGGAACGCGCCGAGUGGGAGUGGGGGCACCCAGUCACGGGCGUCAUUCUCAGCCUGAGCAAGGGCAGCGAGCACUGGUCUGAGUGCAAAGGACGCCUCGAGCACGUGCUCCGGGAAGGCUGGCGCGCGGACCUAUUCGGGAGGUGGCGGGGGCAGAGCCGCAUCGACUCGUCUCUGUGCCGGUUCGAGCAGCACGACGAGCGGCGCUGCAAAGCCGCGAGGCUUCCGGCAGAGGGCAUCACGCACGCGGCCAGCGUGAUGUCUGGAGCCUUCGUCUCGCCGGCGCACUUGCAGGCGCCGGACUUCGAGCGCGUGGUCUGGCGCUGCGAGGCGGAGAUCAGGCCCGUAGGCCGGCCGCAGGAUGCGCUGCAGCGGCGCCUCCUCUGGCCGACUGGCCUGCGACGCAGGAAGGAGGUGGGCGCUGGCCUGCUGCGGCGGGCCGUCGCCACACGCAAGGCGAUCCUGGAGGCGAAGAUGGCUCACGACGCGGCGGUGGCGAGGGUCGCAGCACUGGACAGCAUCAAGGCGGUCCACGAGGGCUUCACCCCUGACGGGAACAGGGUCGUCUUCGCGGUCGACGACGGCCCCUUCGCGGACAUCGGCUCCUUCGACGAGGCGCAGCAGGUCGCAGCGUCCCAGGCGGAGGUGCACGCGCAGUACGAGAAGGUCAGCGGCAUCCGCACGUCCCCGCCGCAACGCCAGCGGGUCUCCGACCAGGCCGCAGAGGGCGCUCUCAAGACUGCUGGCGGCGAUGCUGGUGCUAAGGCGGUUGGCCAGGCCAACGGCACUGGCGAGGGCAGCUUUGCCUGCGGGCGCUGGCUGCUAGCCCUCUGCGACCUCGACCACUUCAUGUUCGCCGGCCACUCUGGCCAUAUCGACGCUAACCUGCUGGACGCCCGCAUGUUCUUCUUGAUCUCGGUCCUGGCCUUCGUGGCCAGACUGCUCAGAAGUAGGCGCGCUGGUUCCAGGCGGUUGAAGAUGCUGACAUCGCUCGCCGCGGGCUUUUUCGGCAGGCGCGCCGACCGCCCGGGUGAUCGAUGCCUCGCUCUCCAGGAGAUGCGAGACUUGCUAGACGUUGGCUUGGGCGCGGAGCUGCAGAAACCUGUCGCAGUGGAUGUGGUAAUUCUUCAUUGGGCCGCUUCAGCCCAGCAGAUAGAGACGGGCACUGAGGAGUUCGCUGAUGCGGGGCCUGCGAUCAGCUGCAUGACUGUCGCGGUGGCGUCGCCGUUGAAGUGGGCGGGCCGCGUCGCCGCGGGGUCGGAGGAGGCUGGGGCCCCAGUCGCGCUUGCGCGACGCGCGGUGGUCCGCGGCGCCGACGCAACCUCCAGAAGAUUCCGCGCUAGGCCGAAGGCGAGGGAGCACGUCGCGAAGGCGAAGAAGCCCACCGCGGCCAUCAAGCGCGCGCGCCGUCGCGCUCGCAUCCGCGCCAUCACCGAGGGCCUCUGCGGCGCGGGCUCGAAGUUGCAGGGCGCGCGCUCCCGCCGUGCGUUCGGCGGCCUGGGCAUGAGCUGGCCCAGCUGCGACGUCGGGCGUCUCGGAGAGCGGCGGGUGCAGUCGUUCGUGGGCCAGGUGCUGCGGCUAUUGCAGCGCUUCUCGACGCCAGUUGGAACCCUGUCUCGCCGGUGGAGCUGCUCCGAGAAUUGCGCACCUUCCAUUGGAUUCCACAGAUACUCGAUCGACAGGCAGUUGAGGAAGACGGCCUCCAAGCUUGAACCUGCCGGCGACUUGGCCGGCAGUGCGGGCGCGCGCCAGAUCUGUUUCGAUUUUCGCAAGGUACAGCCUGGCGACGAAGGCGACCACUGGGCGCUGAACGCGGCGAUCGUCGCGGGCGGCUAG